GGAAGUCCAGGCACCUGCUGUCAGCUGGUUGUCCUGACAACGGAGACACAAUAGGAGGGGGGAGGGGGAGGGGGAGGAGCCUCUGGGUGUUGAAGACCAAUGACAGGACAGGUAGCAACAGGUGAGCAGAAGACACACACCUGACACACACACACACACACACUGAGGCAGAGCAGAGGAGGCUCCUGGGACCGCAGCUCUGACGGGACAGGGAACCAGAGAAGCGAGGACCAUUUCACCGCCUCCGAGGACCAGCUGCUGCGGAUCUGGAUUAUUACCGGGAUUAUUUCCCCGACGACAGAAACAAACGGGAACUAUUCAGUCAGAAGUUUACAGAGUGUGUGUGGUGAGUUAGAGAGUGUGUGCGGCUGCAGGGUGUUUAUUUUAGAGUAUCACCCCUGUGUGUGUGUGUGUGUGGUAGAUUAAUGAUCCUGGGUCUCCUGGACUCGUCCUGCUCUGAUCCACGUUGCUCGGUUCUGUUGCUCUGAUGGAGACUUCCCGUGUGUUCGGCUCCGGUGUUUCUCCAGCAGCAGAGCAGCAGGACCCGGUUCGGCUGUGAGACGUUCACUUGUAUCCGUUCACCACCUGUUUGUACAAACCGGGGACUCGCCGCUUUAAUCCCACAGUCGCUGACUUACACAGGAGCCAUGAUCAGCUCGGAGGGCCUGCGCCCGGCCACGAACGGCAGGAAGCCGCUGGGGAAGCUCGCCUCUCGGCUGGAGGAGGUGAAGAACCCGUGGCGGCAGGUCUCCACGCUGGAGCUGAGCCACAACGAGGCGGCCCGGCUGGCCACGGACGCCCUGCUGGAGCACGGGGAGAAGGAGUACCGCAGGGUCCUGAGCGAGGAGCGGGAGCUCAACUUCCUCUCCCCGCAGGAGAUCCACUACAUCACCCACCACGCGGCCAAAACCUGCGGCGCCGACAGCAACGGCGUCGGCCCCAACGACCGGGACUUCGGGGACGGGGACGCCGUGUCCGAGCUCACCUCCGGGACUUACUUCCCCAUGAUGUCCGACGAGGAGCCGCCGAUGCUGGAGCUCGGCUGGCCGGACUCCCCGGCGAGAUACGGACCGUCGGAGACCCAGAUCUACUUCCAGAGGGACAAGUCUCACAACGUCAAAGACCUCAUCAGGUCCCUGAUCAACAAAGCCAAGAAGGUGAUCGCCGUGGUGAUGGACGUGUUCACUGACGUGGACCUGAUGUGCGAUCUCAUGGAGGCGUCCAACAAGCGCCGGGUCCCCGUCUACAUCCUGCUGGACGAGAAGAACCUGAGCUACUUCACAGACAUGUGCUGUGCACUCGACAUUCAGAACUCACACCUGAGUAACAUGCGUAUUCGCAGUGUGUGCGGCGACACGUACUGCACCAAGAGCGGCAAGAAAUUCACCGGUCAGGUCCUGGAGAAGUUCAUGAUCAUUGACUGUGAAGAGGUCAUCGCAGGGUCGUACAGUUUCACCUGGCUGUCGGCUCAGGUGCACAGCAACAUGGUGAUGCAUUUCUCCGGACGCAUCGCCGACAGCUUCGACCGGGAGUUCCGCUGUCUGUACGCCGACUCGCAGAUCAUUGACUGCUUCUACAACCCAGACGAGGAGGGGAUGCCUUACUACCCGCCCUACCAAGCCGUGAUGGGCCCCGGUAUGGGCAUGGCGCUCGGCCCGGUCAUGGGACUGGAUUUACUCUCUGACAGGCAGAGGGACAGGGGCUGCUCUGAAAACUCCAGCAGCCAAUCGAGUAACAGCGUCUCCAGUGUGAAGGCUGCGCCCGGGAUGACCUCUAACACCGUCUACAAGGUCACUCAAAGCCACGACAAGAAGGAGCCCAGCAACAACUUACACCUCAGCCCUGAGAGGAGAGGUGGAGGUGGAGACCAUGCAGGAGGACACACCCCGACAUCAGGACCCUGGAUCUCUGCUAACGGAGCAGCCAAUCACAUCCCAGGUCCCGAGCGGCCGUCGCCGACCUACGGUCAGUCGAUGGGCAUCGAGUGGAACAAGCCCAACGCGGCGGACGCCAUGAGGUCGAAUAUCGGCGGCACCUCCUCCAAGUUCCAGGCGCUGGGGUUGUACGACCACAAACUGAGCUUGUUCCACAACACGCCCAACUCAAACCUGAACCCCAAGACCCAGACGCCCUCCCCGGUCAAUGACAGCAAACUCACCCCCAAGCAGAGGACUCCCUCCAACCAGUUCCUCAACAAGCUCACAGACCGGUUCCUGCCCACCUCCAACAAAGACAAAGACAUCUUCAACUUCCGGAGGUCGCCGUCCCCUCACGGCUCCUCGCCCUGGGCGGGGCCGGACCUCUCUCAAACCGAGCCGGAGAGCCAGCAGAGCCCGCCUCCCCCGCCCUCUCCGGGCGUGCUGAUGAGCCGACAGGACCAGAAGAGAAUGACGCUGGGCCACAGCAAGCUGGACCUGGUGAACCAAUACAACAAGAUGAAAUCCAAGCAGGUGUACAGCCGCUUUGAGCUCAAGAGCUCCAACUAACGAACUCAGACUGAUUCCCUUUGCAUCUGUCUGAUGUCUGGUAUUAUGUUCAUGGAGAAAGUCUCCAUGGAUCUUUAGUGAAUCUUGAGUUAAACCAGUCGUUUGUCUUCUGCCACAGCUCUAAUGUUAUCUGGUGGAAACAGAACCAUUGCAGCCAUGUUGGCUCACAGGCUCCUUCUCUUCAAUCCACAGAGUUUUCCUCUGUGAUUACAGGAAUCACACUGUCUCUGCCAUCAUUACAAGUACAGAGGGGCUGAGAUUCUCUCCUCAUCACUCACUGACAGAUUUACAGCUGAUCUACUGACAGGGAGAAAAACUGGGUUUGAGUUCAUGAAAGUUUUUAACCUUUUAAAGAAAAUGUGAAUUUUUGGCUUCGACUCAAAAAUUAAAAUACAGGUUAAAAUGAUUUUCCUCAGUGGAACCUCCUGCUGCCUUUUCUCCUCUGCACUCCACAGAUUUUAUACUCCGAGACAAUCUGCAUCUCAGCUUUAACUUCUUCUAAAAUAACAUGAAUGUCAAAAUCAAUUUGGAUUUUCUUGAUUUUUCACUUUUUAUAUAUUAUUUGAUACAAACAGCAAAACAGAAAAAGGAUUCAGCAGUACAGAGGAUAACAUGUACAGACACGGUGUCACAUUUAAUGCAGCCCUGAAUGUAACGAAAAGCCUCCUCAUCCUGUUCCUUCUGUGGUUUUACUUAGAUUUACAUUAUUCCUGUGACACUCCUGUAUUAUAUAUAUUAUAUAAGAUGUGCCUUGAUCAUCCUGCCUUAACGUUUACAAUCAUAUUUUAGACAAACAGUAGAAUCUCCACUGACUUAAAACAAGUGUUAAUUAAAGGACACUAAUGCCUGUUUUACUUUGUUUGUUCACUAAAGGGAACAAAGCUCGUUGUAAAUAGAAGCAGUGCGAUAAUAUUCCUCCUCCUCCUCCUCCUCCUCCUCCUCCUCCUCCUGCUGCUGUAGCUCAUCCUCUGGGAAUUUAGGUGUAAAUGUAGGAAGUGAAAGUCUUUGGUGGAUUUUGAGGCCAUGCAGGUGGAAAAUACUGCUCUCAGCAGAAAUGAGAUAAAUAGACAGGUGUGAGAGGAAUCUGUACGUUUUACAGUAAAAUUUGUUUCUUCAUUACAGAGGAUUGACUCCUCAUAUUGUACUUUUUUUUAACAAUAAAUAGCAUUUGUACAGAGACUGUUCACACACUUAGAUACAGUUAAUACUAAUUGUAUUAUUUCUGUGUGUUUUCUCUCGUCGUUUUUGGAGAUGAACUGUGCUGAUGCACUACAGGGCUUUACAUGACAUUCCUCCUGAGUGUGGAAAACAGACUUUUGCUGUUGCCACCUAAGCAAUACUGAUUGACAAUGAUCAAUGAUUUUGAUAUGUGUGUUCUCACUCUGUGUGUGUGUUUACUGCUCGUCUCAGCUGGCAGUGUUGUUGUUGUUCUUUUGUCAUUACGAGCUGAAUCAGCCAGACAGUUUGCAGACAUUGAUUCGUUUAUGCCUCACGUUUGUCUGAGUGAUGUACAUUAUGUUGUAAAUAUGAACUGACUGUCGGACUCUGGGUUAUUGUUAAAGAAACACUUCUUCAGCUGAUAUGUUUAUGUAAUUUUAUUUUUACAGUGUGUUAUUUACUGGAGAAUGUGAACUUUUCUGUGUUUACUGUUGGUCUUAAUUUGUAAGAUGAACGUUUAAGGAUUUAAUAAAAUAAAAAAGUUGAAGAGCU